AUGGAAUUACCUAGCUUCGACAACAUCGUCGCAAGUUUCUCGCGCAGCUAUUCAUACGACAAGACGUACCAGGCGAUUGAAGACGACAGCGCAGUCAUAAUCCAUAGUUCCGGUACAACAGGUGUCCCCAAACCCAUCUACCUGACACAUGGGUUCCUGGGCACCAUCGACAAGCAAACCCAAGUCCCUGUCCCGGACGGAAGGGUCUCAGCUAUUCCGAACCAACUGAGCCACGAUGAUCUGUUUCUCUCCACGACCCCGUUCUUUCACCUCAUGGGCAUCUUUGCCCUAGUCAUGUCUAUUUUCAAUAGGGUUCCAUUUGUCUAUCUUCCGGCCACCUCAUCUCCCGCCGACGCUUUAGUCGAGGUGAUCAAGGCCGAGCGUCCCACUGUGGCUGCCAUCACGCCCGCGUUGGUCGAAGCCGUAGGCCAAUCAGCCUCUGCUUUGCAUAUUCUAUCUACAGUCAGGACGGUAUGCAUUAGUGGUGCACCUCUCGCCCCUCAUAUAGGACAAGCCCUGAGCAAGACAACGAACCUUGUGUCCAUACUAGGCGCUAGCAAGCUCGGCCUCGUUCUGUCUCUCGUUCCAGAGCAUAAAGCAGAUUGGGAGUACUUGGAGUGGAACCCAAAUUACCCUACGCGCAUGGACUCUUGCAGCGACAAUAGCAGCCUCUAUGAGCUGGUAAUUGAGCGCAACGAAACAAGGGACAUCCAAGGCAUCUUCCAUGUAUUCCCGGACUUGAAGGAGUAUCGCACCAAGGACCUCUUCAGUCCACAUCCGACACGACACAACCUUUGGAGGUAUGAAGGCCGACUCGACGACACGAUCAUCUUCCACAACGGGCAAAAGAUCAAUCCCAUCCCCAUGGAGAAGAUCAUUGAAAGCCAUCCACUUGUGUCUCGAGCGCUGGUGAUUGGAGACCGCAGACCUCAUGCCGCGCUCCUUGUUGAGCCAUCUGAGGAAUCGAGCGUGUCGAACGGUGACAAAAGCGCUGUGACUGAGUUCGUACACACGAUUUGGCCAGUUGUUGAACUUGCAAACGAGCUGGUACCGCCUGGUGUCCAUAUUGGCAUCAUGAGGAUCGGACUGUCGUCGCCAAACAAGCCCUUCCGCACGACCUCGGAAGGCAGUACACAACGCCGAACUGUCCUCCAGGACUAUGAGCAGGAAAUUGAAAGGAUCUACCAGCAUGACAACUACUGGUACACCAUGUUCAAGAAUGGGUAG